GUGCUUAAGGACAUAACUGUCUUUUCAUAGUGAAUUCCACAUAUAUACCCACUCUUAGAGAGAGAAUAGAAGAUAGAGAGAAAGUUAAAAAAAACCAUAAUUAGGAAAAUACAAUUGUCAAUUGUUUCAUCAUCCAUUAAUUAUUUUUUCCAAUUUGCCUUUGAUGUUGUUUUUGUAGUUGUUUAUGUUGUUGUCAUUUUCUGUUACAAGCUUCUCAUUCUUCAAUCCUUUCGAAUAGAAUCUCUCAUCCCUUGUCUCACGCUUACUCUCUUAACUAUUUUUACACAAAAAAAAAAUACAACCUCGUAAAACCACCUUAAACCAGCCAAAACCACCAUUUCCCGAAAUUCCCGCCGGAAAACCGCAUUUCAGUUUUUCUACGUCGCGAAAACCGGUUGUUGGUAGUGGUGAUUGUUGUUUUAAUCAGGGACGUACACGUGGACAUUGAUGGGGACGGAGGUGGUGGAUAGAUGGGGGACCUGGGAGGAGCUCCUCCUUGGUGGAGCCGUUCUCCGCCACGGGACUCAUGACUGGAACGUCGUCGCCGCUGAACUCCGAGCCCGAGCGGUGUGUCCUUACACUUUUACCCCUGAGGUCUGUAAAGCUAAAUAUGAAGACCUGCAACAACGGUAUUCUGGGAGCACGGCUUGGUUUGAGGAGCUUAAGAAGACAAGAGUGGAAGAGCUGAAAAAAGCUUUGGAGCGAUCCGAAGAUUCAAUCGGGUCUCUUCAAUCAAAGCUUGAAGUCCUCGAGGCCGAGAAGAAUGAAAAAAAAGAUGAUUGUAAAAAUGGCUUAGAAAGUCCGGUAUCACAUAUACCUUCCAAGAAAUUGCAGAGAGUUGAAUCUUCAACUAAAGAGACGUCGAAGGAUGAAUUAUCAACUAAGGAGACAUCAAAGGACGAUUUAUCCGCUGGCAGUUUCACACACGAAACGAGGAUAAACUGGUCUCCUGAAUCCCAGGUUCCAGCCGCGUCUGCCGAUGAUAAUGAAACUAAGCCUGAAGUUUCACAGUCUACUGAGCAGAUUAAAGUUUCGAAUGUAGAUAAUUUGGCGAAUUUUUUAUAUGAAGGACAAAUGAGAACUUGUAGAAAACCGAGAGGGAAGAGAAAAAGAAAGGAUUGUAGCAGAAAUAUUAAGGAAGCAGCAAGUAUUGGAGAAAGUGACUUAUUAGAUUCGGCCGAUGUUCUUUCUUGGUGUAAAGAAAGUUCUACCAGUAACUGCGGUGAAGUUGCAAAGUCUUCUGAUGAUGUAGGUAAUCGAAAUAAGAACUCGAGAAAGCGCGACGCGGAAGAUAUGAUUGAGAUUUUAGAUUCUAUUUUUGAAACAAAAGGCGCCUCUGCCUUCCGUCGCAGACUUGAUAGUCAGAAGAGAGGACGGUACAAGAAAAUGAUCCGGCAGCACAUGGAUUUCGACACGAUAAGGUCGAGAAUCAGCAUCCGAACAAUUAAAUCAACCGUAGAACUAUUCCGAGACUUGCUGCUACUCACCAACAAUGCCUUAGUCUUCUACUCGAAGAACACUCGCGAAUAUAAAACUGCUCUCGUUCUGAGAGACAUAGUCACCAAAAAAAUGAAAGAAAAUUUCAAGGAUAGUAAUAAUAUUGUUAGCAGCAGCAAAGUCAGCAAAAUCACUGAGCCUAACGAGUCUGUGAAAUUACCGAUUCAUAAUGUUCAUGUGAAACCAAGAAGUGUAAGACCGGGAAACAGAAAAAUCGUUGCGAAGGCUGGUGGCAGCAAUAAUUCUGCAUCGGGGAUGUCACAAGGAGCUAAGAAGCCGGUUAAAGCCGAUUCUUCACCUUCCGUGGAAUCUUUAAAGGUCGUGAAGAAAACUUUGAGUAGACCGAAAAGAGUUGAACGUGUGACUUCAGGUCAAAAGACUACAACACCGACGAAAGGAAAGAAAAGAGUUAGAACAAAACCAUAGUGAUUUAAGGUUUAACCAAUAGGUUUGUGUUUUUUGUACAAAGAUUUUGAACUUUUUGGUUAGGUGUAUGCAACCAACCAAAAUAACUAGGGUUAGAUGCAGGAGGGAAAACUAACUUAAAUACAUGAAAUAGUUCUGGCUAAAAGGCUUAAAUUUGUAAGCAACUUUUUGUAGUAGUGGAUAUGACUUUCUAUUCAUCUUUUGCAUUUGUUGCAAAAGAUUGAUGAGAUAAAUGGGAAGUGAUUAAUGAACAAAAUAAUUCAUUUUCU